CAAAUGCCGCCAUCCAAAAGAAAGAGAACCGAGAAGCAGAAGGACUUUAGAAAAGCCAAGUUGAGGGUUGGUAAGACCAAUCAGCCAAACGCCAAUGCCACAGACACAUCUUUCACAGCCAAAACCAUCUCCUUGCCCUCGCAAUCUAUCAAUUCCGGCCCUAAGACCGACACCAUUGACUAUGCCCAUCAGUUUUCCUUGCUCAAGCACCAUUCCAACGUCACCCGCAAGGAGAUUGUACUCUACCUCAAGGCGCAUAUUCCUGCGUCGCCGACCGUGUUGACCCUCCUUAUCACAAACACCAUCCCCUUAAUCCUCGAUCAGUCGAAAAUGGUUAGAGCUGCGACGGUGGAACUCCUUACACUCAUCCAGACAGAAAAGCCCGAGUCCUUGGGUUUGUUCGUGUCGAAGAUAAUGCUCUUCAUCCACUCGGCCAUGACACACAUCCAGCCGAACGUACGCAACGACUCUACCAAGUUCUUGAACAUUCUCUUGAUGCCCGGCGGGAUUACCAGUGCAGUGGUCAUCAAGGAGCACUGGAACAAGACUUUGAAGUUGUUCUGCCAGCUCUUAGACUGGUCGUUGGAGGUGAAGCUGAACUCGGUUGCGAUCAAUAACGGGGCAACGUCGCUCGCUUCUUCUGACUCUAAAAAGGCCCGUAUUGGCCAUUUGAACACUCUUUCCCGGGUUUUGGCCUUGGGGUUUGUUGAGGACCACGCGGCCAACAAGACCGACGAGUACUUCAACGCCGCCAACGGGCUCCACCCGUUGACCAACAAAUAUUUGAUGUGCACCACCGCGCAGCCGUUUGCUUCGUUAAAGCUCUUUGCCAGAGAGAUGGCCUCUACCUCCAGUGUGGUUGUCGGUGAUGGGAAGUACACCUUGAAGGACUUGGACUCGGUUUCUUCCGAGGACUACGAGACCAGAAUUAAGCUCUUGAAGGACAUCUUCUACAAGCACAUGGCCAGAAACUUGCAUGUGGCGGUUAAGGAGGGUGGCGAUGUUGGAAGAGAAGGAAAAAACGUAUUGAGUUUCUUGAAGAAGUUGGAAGAGCAGGGCGACAUCGAGGUUGUUCAACCGGAGGAUGUUGAAAUUGAGGCGUAUGUUCUUUAGUGUAUUUUAUUGUAAUAUAAGUGAUUUCGG